AAUCCGUCAUCUAGAAAACUCUCAUAAUCGUCGGAUUACUAUUUGUUCCACACGAUCUGACGAUUCCACUUGCAAAAUUGGCACAGUGUCGUAUACAACCUUGCUUUAGAUGCUAAGGUGGCUGGACAAAGACGCUAUCUACAAGUAAACAUAUGCGCAGUCGAGUCGCUCCGUCUUCCAUAAACUCAACAGCUCCAUCUCCUCUAACCUCGCACUAGCUAUGGCCACAACCGUUGCACCUCCCACCUCCUCGCACUCCGCCGACAACAACCGUCGUCCCUCGCCGCCUCCCCCUUUUCACUUCCCGCCGGCGGACUCCACAGUCCUCCCGGACCCUUCCGCCUUCUUCUCCCCUUCCCUCCUCUCUUCCCCUCUCCCCACCAACUCCUUCUUCCAGAACUUCACCCUCAACAAUGGCGACAAUCCGGAGUACGUUCACCCUUACCUCGUCAAAUCCUCAGGCUCCGCCGUCUCCCUCUGCUACCCUUCCCUCUCCCACACCUCCGAUUCCGUUUCCCAGAUCUUCACCCCCGAUCUCACCCUCAAACCCGACCCGAAUUCCUCCUCCGCGGCGACCCAUCUCAUCACUUCCUACAGCGACCUCAGCGUCACUCUCGAUUUCCCCUCUUCCAAUCUCCGAUUCUUCCUAGUCCGGGGAAGCCCAUACAUCACUUGCUCUGUCACCGCCGGUAAAACCUCGAUUUCACUCUCCACACUCCACUCCGUCGUCUCCUGCAGCUCCAACGAUUCACUCGACAAGCACACCGUUAAAUUGGGCAACAACCAGACCUGGCUCGUUUACUCCUCGUCUCCCGUCAAUUUCAGCCAAAGCCCUACAUCGGUCAGCUCCGGCGAGUUCUCUGGCGUAUUGAGGAUUGCGAUUCUGCCCGACCCGAAGUCCGAAUCCGUUCUCGAUCGGUUCAGCUCCUGCUACCCAGUUUCAGGUGAAGUUGCUUUCACGAAACCCUUCUCUUUAGAUUAUAAAUGGGGGAAGGAAGGGGCGGGGGAAUUACUCAUGCUCGCCCAUCCCCUGCAUCUCAAGCUUUUAUCCCCCAACGAUUGUGGUGUUACUGUGUUGGAAGACUUGAAGUAUAGGAGUGUGGACGGCGACCUCAUUGGGGUUGUUGGUGAUUCAUGGGUGUUGAAAUCGGACCCUGUUCCCGUUACUUGGCAUUCGAUCAAGGGUGAUAUCAAAGACGAUUGUUUGGGUGAAAUUGUUGCUGCCCUUCGCAAGGAUGUUGAAGGGUUGGAUCCAUCAGCUACAACCACGACGUCUUGUUAUUUUUACGGGAAGUCGGUUGCAAGAGGAGCUAGAUUGGCGGUGAUAGCUGAGGAAGUUGGUUGCACAGACGUGAUUCCAGCUGUGGGGAAGUUUUUGAAGGAGAUGAUUGAGCCAUGGUUGGAAGGAUCCUUCAACGGGAAUGGGUUUUUGUAUGAUCGAAAAUGGGGUGGCAUUAUUUCCAAGCAGGGAUUAACCGAUUCCAGUGGCGAUUUUGGGUUUGGUGUGUACAAUGAUCACCAUUUCCACCUGAGUUAUUAUCUUUACAGCAUUGCUGUUCUUGCCAAAAUCGACCCGGCCUGGGGGAGGAAGUAUCAGCCACAAGCGUACUCUUUGAUAGCUAGUUUUAUGAACUUCGGACCUGAUUACUCGAGUUACACUCGUUUGAGGUGUUUUGAUCUGUACAAGCUGCAUUCUUGGGGUGGAGGGAUGACUGAGUAUGCUGAUGGACGUAAUCAGGAGAGCACAAGUGAGGCUGUGAAUGCUUACUAUUCAGCUGCUUUGAUUGGAUUAGCAUAUGGAGACACCGAACUCGUCGCCACUGCAUCUUGCCUUGCUGCAAUGGAGAUCAAGGCAGCACAAAUGUGGUGGCAUGUGAGAGAAGAAGACAAGUUAUACCCGCAAGAGUUCACAGCCGAGAACCGAGUGGUGGGUCUCGUGUGGGCUAACAAGAGGGAGACUAGGCUAUGGUUUGCACCACCGGAACAGAGAGAGUGCAGGCUUGGCAUUCACCUGCUGCCGUUGCUGCCAAUUACAGAGGUUUUGUUCGCUGAUGUCGAGUACGCGAGACAGCUCGUGAAUUGGACGGUGCCAUCUUUGGAAAGGGGAGACGUCGGAGAUGGCUGGAAAGGAUUUGCGUACGCACUGGAAGCGUUGUAUGACAAAGGGAUAGCACUGGAGAAGGUAAGGAGGUUGAAUGAACAUGAUGAUGGUAACUCUCUUAGUAAUAUGCUGUGGUGGAUCCACAGCAGGUAAAAGCGCGAUCAGUUGACGACGAGGAGGGAAGUUAAUGCAAGGUUUGGUCACUACUGCUACUGGAAUUCUGAUUUAGAGUGUUCUUCUGUUCAAUAAGAAAAGCCUUGUGCCCUUACCUCGUUCGGGUGUCUGUAUGUGUAUUUGCAUAAUAAGCUUCCACAUGGAAGGGGAACUCAGUAGCUUGUGAUGGUCUUGUAAUGUAUCGGUACGCGCUUGACUUCAAUACCGAGCAGUGUUUGUUCGAUCAGGUUAGCGGUUUCGCAUAUCAUAACUGUGUAUGCGUGAGUGUUUUCUUAGUAAGCUUCCACAUAUGGAAUGGUUAUCUACCAGUUUUAUGAUAUUGAAAGAGAGUUAAAAUGGCUUUCAAGCCCCUGUGCUGUGUUUUCUUCUCAAAUCUGUCCUGCUAAACUAUCACCAUUUCAAGUCUGCUAUCUUAUCCUUGAAGGGAUUCUCAAAGUCAAAGACUGAAGACUAUAAACAGGAGAGGAUAGCAACAGAACUAGUUUGUGUGUUUAAGAGAGUGAAAGAAGGUGGAGAAAUCAAACACAGAGAGUCCUCAGUGAAUUAGUAAUGGUUUAGUUCUUGGUGUAAGAGCUAGGUUAAGAUUGCUUGAGCAUCUUUGUGAGUGGGAGUGGUCUCUUUAGCUAUAAAGCUUGUGAGGAAGAGAACUCCAGAUUACUAUGCAACCUAAAGCAAAAUCAUAUAUACACAACCCUCAGUCUCAAAUUGUAAACUCUAAUCCUAAAUUACUAAACACUAAAUUCUUUAAAUUAAAAUAAAUCAUGAAUAAUUUUUUGCUAAUUCAUGCACUUUCUUUGUCAUCAUAUCAAAGUGCUAAUUGACAUUAUUUUAACAUCUCCUUAGAAUGUCGGUUAUGAAACUAGUGUAUUGAACGCACUAAAAAAGUGAGUGAAAAAACAAAACCAUGCAUAUAAAUAUACGGUGGGGGUGGGAUGAGCUUGCAGAGCUUAGGGUUUAGGUUUUACCUCACUCGCUAAGUGAGGGUAUUUUAGAUCUUCUAAGUUAAAUUAGGACACAGAGACGAACAAAGGAUUGGUCUAGUGGUAAUACUACUAGCCUUGAACCUGGAGGUCCCAGGUUCGAAUCCCUUCAGUAGUACCUAAUUUCAAAAAAUAACCUAUAUCACCCUUAUCUAAAAAAAAAUUAGGACACAGAGUGUUACCGUGACAAUUCAAUAAGUAUGAGUAUAGGCAUGGAGUGGGGAGACUAAAAUCAUAUCCACUCCAUUUAUUAUAUAACUUUUUGAAAGUUUUACUUAUAUCUAGUUAAUACGGAGAUUAGACACAAUGACUGGUUUGAGGACCAGGUUCGUAGGUUUUAUUGUCAUUCGGGACCGAGAGGGUCAUAAAGAAUUUUUUUUAAAAAGAUUUAAGAUAAGGCAUAAGUAUAACUCUUAAUAAGGUUUUUUUUUUUUU